AGGAGAUUUGCGGUUUUUUCCGUUCUGUUACUCACCGCGAAUAACGUCGCUUUGGUUGUGGUGAAAGUGUCAAGGAAUAUGAAGAGAAGAAAUGUCGAGUGCGGUAAGCUUCGGAGGCCCUUGAAACGCAACAAGCUCACCGAGGGAAUCUACGGAAGUACUUUACUUUAUCUAAAAUUUCUUCUACUAUGGGCCAUGGUAAUUUUCGCAGACUUCAUUUUAGAAUUCCGUUUUGAAUUUUUGUGGCCAUUUUGGCUACUUCUCAGAAGCGUUUACGAUUCUUUUAAAUAUCAAGGCUUGGCCUUCUCUGUAUUUUUUAUUUGUAUUGCGCUUACAUCAGAUAUGAUUUGUUUCUUUUUCAUACCAAUACAUUGGUUAUUUUUUGCUGCCAGCACCUAUGUUUGGGUACAAUAUGUUUGGCAUACAGAUAAAGGUGUAUGCCUACCAACUGUGAUGCUAUGGUUACUAUUUCUAUACAUAGAGGCAGCAGUUCGAUUAAGAGAUUUACGACAUAUGCCUUUUCAUUUGGAUCUCUGUCGACCAUUUGCAGCACAUUGCAUUGGUUACCCUGUAGUUACAUUAGGUUUUGGUUUUAAAAGUUACAUUGGCUACAGAAUGAGACAGAGAAAGCAAAAAGAUGUAGCAAAAGAAAACGAAUUCUAUCUACAAUUAUUGCAGCAAGCACUGCCUUUAGAGCAACAAACCUCCACUGCAAUGCAACCAAUUCAACAAGUACAAUCACAAGCACAUAUUACCACAUCAUUAGAACAUGUUAAAUCACAAAAUAAUAAAUUAAAUCUGCAGUGCAAUCCAAGUCCUGAAAAAAGUAGAGGAAACAGUAAUAUUUCUGCAGAGACAGGUGUACAAAAUGGUAGUUUACAUAUAGGUACUCAAAUUACAUCACAAAAUCAAAAUGUUACAACAAAAAAUAAUCACAGAAAGUCCUUAGAUAAAGGUGAAAAGCAAGAGGAGCAGCAUAAUAAGCAUAAUGUAACAAAUGUAUCACAAUCUGAUAAAAAUGAUAAAAGAUUUAUACAUACAAAUGGAAAUACUGUUAAUCACAAUGAUAUGCAAAUCAUUGAAAGAGUUGGAUCUGUAAAUGAUUUUGACGCAAAUGAAGUAGAAAAAGACAAAUUUAUCAAAGGUGGAAAUUGUGGACAUACUACAGUAAAAUCACAAACUAAUGGUUCAGUAGCAGGAAAAUGGAAUAACAUAAAAGAAAAUCGAGAAUCAUCAUCCACUGUAAAUACCCAACGCGAACGUAAAACACGUCAGAUUAAAGUUACAGCUGAUAACGUAACUGAACAACAAAAGCAGCAAGAUGAAUAUUGUCAGAGGCUUGAAGCUGACAUAAAACGUUUGAAAUCAGAUCUUCAAUCCAGUCGACAAUUGGAACAGGAACUUCGUUCUCAGAUUAGUACUCUGCAAAAUGGGGAACGCCAAGCUAAGAGUGAUAUACUACAACUUCAACAUGAUAAUGAUCAGUUGCAAAGCAAGUUACAUGGAAUAGUAACUGCUCGUCAAUUAGAUAAACAAACAAUAUCUUCAUUGGAGAAACGAAUUGCAGAAGAGCGAAAACAACGCACUGCUUCCGAAGCGUCUUUAGUUUCUGAAAGACGAGCACGACGAGCUGCAGAAGAAGCACGUUCAGCGAUUCCACCUCCACCUCCACCACUUAUUAGACAAGAAUGUACAGAUACCUGUAAAAGUCGCAGGACACAAAUAGAACAAGAUCUUAAGAACUUGCGACGAGAACUUAAAACAAAAGAAGAAAGGUGUAAUGUACUAGAAAAAGAAAAUCACAAAGAAUCUGAACUUCUACGUGGUGCUCUUAAUGUGAUGCAAGAUAAAACUGCGCAUUUGGAAGACAGUUUAAGUGCAGAAACGCGUAUAAAACUAGAUUUAUUUUCUGCACUUGGUGAAGCUAAACGACAGUUAGAAAUCAGAGAAAGUUUAAUCAGAUCUCAAGAGAAGGAAAUUGAAAUGUUAAAAGCAAAAAUAGCCCAAGAUUUAGCUGUGAUGCCACAAGACACAUUUGGACCUGCGCCAACCUGCGCGACAUCUAAGCUUCGAUUAAAUAAUGAAGUACGAGUCGCAACUACAAAAAUGCGUUCAAAUGAAAGUCCCUGUCCAGGGUGUACAGUGUCGAAUUUGGAUCCAAAUGCGACAGCAUAUACACCUAAGAAUUCCCUGAUAGCAUCUACUGAAGCUUGA